AUGUCGGACGAAAGGCGACCUGCCAUCAUUUGCUUUCAUGGCCACGGGAGCAAUGGAACGAUUUUUCAACACCAAGCUCAGAACCUCGUUCACAUCCUCGGAACAAGAUUCCGCUUCCUCUUCAUCGAUUCUCCGAUUACAACCCCGCAGCCUGGCGUGGGUGUCAGACCCUUUUUCGCGGACGUCAAACCGUACAGGCGCUGGCAUCAAGAUGAAAAAACGGUCGGCUUGUUCGAUGUGACAACCGAAGAGAUUGAACGCGAAAGACGUCUGGUCCGCGAUACGAUCGGGGCGGUUUUCGACAGAGAGCAGCGAAAUGGACCAGGCGUCGUUGGUGUGAUGGGCUUCAGCCAAGGUACACGUGUGGCUACCGCUUUGUGUCUUGAUCCUGGGCUGGCAGCACAUAUCAAGUUCGCCAUUAUGAUCUGUGGGAUUGGUCCUUCGUUGCCGUUGACAGCCGAGCCUCUGUCCCCGACUCUUGACUUUCUGUCCAUCCAUGUGCAAGGGAACGCCGAUCCCUGGGCUGCCAGAGGAGCGCGGCUUUCAAGGGAAUACUUCAACCAGAAGUUUGCAAAAACAGUCAAAUUUAUUGGUGGCCAUGAGGUACCGACCAGAAUAAAAGAUGUGGAGAAGAUUGCACGCGAGAUCAUGGUCGUGUAUGACUCUGCGCCAGCCUUCAUGGUGACAAAUCAAGUGGUACCGUCACCUCUAUCUGUCUAG